UACUCUUCCCUAAACCUGCGUUGGUGGAGAGCGAAUCCGAGCGUAUCUACCCAACGCUCGAAUUCAUAUUCUCACCGGUAGCGAAGCGUAUCCCCAAACCCAAUACAAGGAUUGACAAAACCGAGGGACAAAAUCCCCCGCACGUUGCCUUCGCCCACAACAAGCACCGCUUUCCUCCUUUCGGUUCUUCUCUGGGCCUCGUCUCGGUCUGUCUCCGAUCGGUGGUUUACAAAAGCUUUGGAGUUCGAGAGCUGGGUUGCGGCCAUGCUAUUUGGAUUCCAGUAAUUGGAGGUCGGCAGAAAAUCAAGGACGUUAAGAUGUAUUUGUGAUAUAGCGACUGCUGCACAGAUGGAGAACGGGCAAUCUAAUGGUUGUAAGAAUUGUGGUGGGAAUUAUAUAUUGAUAAAAGAUGAAGAAGACCCCCGGCUGACUAUGUUCAACAAGCCCCUUCCAUGCUGUGGCUGUGGAAUAGGAUGGUGUUCUUUGCUUUUGGGAUUUGUGUGCCCAUUGAUAUGGUACUGUGCUGCAAUUCUCUACUUAUGCAGAUACUACAACAAAGAUCCACGAGAGCGAUCUGGCCUUGCUGCUAAUGCAAUUGCUGCACUGGUCUGUACAAUUGUAACCCUCAUCACACUAGCUGCCAUCUACCUCUAGUUCAGGUCUUCAUGUAGAUGUUCAGCUUGAGUCCUCUCAAUUGGUGUCUUUGUGGCAUAUGGUAAAGCUGACGGCCAGGGAAUACAUAUGAACCUUCAUGUAGCAAGCUCAGCGAGGGAAUCAUGAUGAUGAAUGGUUCUAAUCUUCAAAAUUGCUCGCCCCUUCAGUAUCGUGUAACACAUUUAUUUGAAUGGCAGAACAUUAGCUUGACGGAAAUGCACACCUGCAUGUUCACUCUAAUAUCUUGUACAAAGUCAUACAGUUAUUUUACCUACUAAUUUUCGUCACUUUAAAUUCUCCCAUUGA